UGCACGUUUGACGGCAUGAUUUAACUGCUGGUGCUUUGCAUAUUGUGCCUAGCUAGUACUAGAUCAGAGCAAAAUAGUUGUAACUUUCGACAGAAUUUCCGCAUCGAAAGGCGUUUUUUUAGAAAGCCCUAGCAGCUUUCCUCAUGACGCUGACGCAUUUGCAACAAAAUGCCAACAAAUGGCUGUGUCUGAUAAAUCAAGACGAUAAUCUCAAGCGGCCACAAAGUUAGAAAAGCAUAUUUUGCUUACAGCACAGGUGGGUCAGUGUCUUCUCCUUUAGGGGCUAGCUGCGUGGCUGGCUGGUUUUCUUGCGAUUUAAAAGGAACACUUGCCUGCUCAUCCUCCCCCCUCCAUCCAUCCAGCACACUCCUUUUGCAAUUGCAGUAGAACACCACGUACUGCCUCUUCCCUUCUUUCUCCACAUUGCAAGCCACCAAGCCUACUCCAUUCAGAGAUGCAACAAAACUGGGCAGCCGAUUUAGCUUGCCUCCCUGGCUUGGACUUGGGCAGCCUUUUCCUACCACAGAAUGACGAUCCUAUGUAUGAUUUCAGCACCUUCGACAUGGUCGAUCUCGACCCAUAUCCGUGCAGCUGCAAUGGCAGCGUUACUACUACCACCGUCAGCUCAGUGUCUGCCGCGGCGGCGGACAAGCAUCAGGAGAGGCGUGGCAACGACGUCGAGAGGAAGAAGAGAAGGUUAGCGUCGAACCGUGAGUCCGCGAGGAGGUCGCGCGUGAGGAAGCAGAGGCGCCUGUACGAACUCUCAUUGCAGGUCGCCGAGCUCCUGGGCACCAACCAGAGGCUUCUGGUCGAGCUCAACCAUGUGACCGCCAAGUAUGCUCUCCUGGCUCGUGAGAACGCCAAGCUCAGAGAAGAAGCUGCUGGCCUGCAGAGAAGACUCAGCGAGAUGGAACUGAUGGGAGAGGCCGAAGCUGCAGCCCUGAGCCCUGAGGUGGCUUAGAAAUGCCGUGCUCAGUAGCCCUGUAGUAGUACUGUUGAGUACGUAGGUAAAAAAUACUUAGUACUAAUUUCGGUGGUGCAUUUGUGCAAGGAGAAGGAGCAUAUAUAUAUAUAUAUAUAUAUAUAUCAGCAUAUAGGAGAUCACUUGCUGUA